CUUUUUCUUAUCUUUAUGUGGGGGAUUUAAUUAAUUGAUUAUUAUAAUUCGUGUUUAUUGUUUUGAUUGUUGAUCGGGCAAGUGGCUAGGUUUGGAGGAAGGUUAAAAAAGGGAGUAAUACUUGCAGCAAAGGAUUGAGGAGAUGAGGUGAUAAAAAUGGCAGAAAAAGACAAUCUUGGCAGAAUCAUGAGGGAAAGAAAUAUAAAUCUAGAAGCAGAAACUGGUGGGAUCAUUGGAACUGGUUGAGUGGUCUUGUCCCCUCCGGCAUCUACUGCGUUUCCAUAUCUGCUCUUGAGUCUUGAAUGCCCCCCACCCUCUGCAUACAUAUUCAUUAUCCCUUUGUAAAAUAAUUCAAAAAGACAAGAUAGAAAGGCCCCACUGUUUCCUGACAGAGACACAAUUCCUUCCUUCCGCGGCUUUAUCUCUGUUGGGAGAGAUCGUAAGCACUAAGAGGAGAAACAACCCACUGUUGCACGCGGUUACAAGGUUUAAAUGAACCCUUCUAUACUUAAUUUCAACAUCCUUUUUGCUUGGAAUUUUGGUUCAAUUCAAGGGUUUUAUUUUUUCUUUUCUCGGUUGUUUUGUUUCUUCCUGUGAUUUUGCUUCUCUCCCAAUUUGAUUGCUCCUUUGGGGAAGGGUUUUUUAUGGUGGGGAUUUCUUGCAGCUUCAUUCUUUGACUACUGUAACAUAAAACAUAUGCAGUAUUUGUUUAGGUUUGGGUUAGUGGUGAAUUGAAGUGGAGAGUGAUGCAAUUUUUGAUUUAUUAGUUUGGCUGAGGAGAAUUUCUUCUGGAGACAUUGUUGAUGUUGGAUUUGCUCCAAAUGUCUGGACAAUUGAUCCAGUCUUGAUCUUGGUGCAAUUUCAAUAGAUGCCAGAGAGUUUGGAGGGGGAAAGAGAGUGAGUAAGCAAGAAAAAUGGGAUCUGGGAAUGGUUUUUACUCAGGAGCAGAGUUCAGUUUGGACCCCAGAUGGUUGGUUGAUCCGAAGCUUCUGUUUGUUGGCCCAAAAAUUGGCGAAGGAGCUCAUGCCAAAGUGUACGAGGGAAAAUACAAACACCAGAAUGUUGCUAUCAAAAUUGUUAACAAGGGAGAGACGCCGGAGGAGAUCGCCCGCCGGGAGGCCAGAUUUGGAAGAGAAGUUGCUAUGCUCUCCCGUGUUCAGCACAAAAAUUUAGUUAAGUUCAUUGGAGCUUGCAAGGAGCCUGUUAUGGUUAUAGUAACCGAGCUUUUGCCUGGUGGGACAUUGCGGAAGUACUUGGUUAGUUUGAGGCCGAGGUGCCUCGAUAUGAAGGUUGCUAUAGGAUUUGCGCUUGAUAUUGCUCGUGCAAUGGAAUGCUUACACUCGCAUGGAAUCAUUCACCGUGACCUGAAACCUGAGAAUUUGCUCUUGACAGAAGACCAUAAGACCGUCAAACUCGCAGAUUUCGGUUUGGCAAGAGAAGAGUCAUUGACAGAGAUGAUGACUGCCGAGACUGGAACUUAUCGUUGGAUGGCUCCCGAGCUGUACAGCACGGUCACACUAAGACAAGGAGAAAAGAAGCAUUAUAACCAUAAAGUUGAUGCGUAUAGUUUCGCCAUCGUGCUGUGGGAGCUCAUACAUAAUAAGCUGCCGUUUGAAGGCAUGUCGAAUCUGCAGGCUGCCUAUGCUGCUGCUUUCAAGAACAUGAGACCAAGCGCCGACAACCUUCCAGAGGAUCUUGCCUUGAUUGUGACACUAUGCUGGAAAGAAGACCCUGACUCCCGGCCUAACUUCAGCCAGAUAAUCCAGAUGCUUCUUCACUACCUCUCCACGAUAUCGCCACCCGAGCCAGUCAUACCGCACAGGAUCUUCACUUCUGAUCGCAACAUUGUGUUCCCGCCCGAGUCUCCUGGCACGAGCUCUCUGAUGGCCAAGAGGGGCGACACCGGUGACACCCCGAAAGCCCCGAGCGACGGCGAUGGCCCGAGGGGGUUUUUCUCAUGCUGUAGCUAGCUAGUGCUCUGCUAAUCUGUGGUAUAUUUCUGUCCGAGGGAGUUGAAGAAUUCAGCUACCUUAAGGAAAGAGGUUAAUAAAAAAGAUCAAACAAACAAACAAAAAAAAAGUUUACUCAGAGAAAGAACAUCAACAAGUGUUUGUUGGUUUGAUUCUAAAAUGUAAUGUAAGGGCUUUUGGGAGUGUAGAUUAAUUAUGGAAAUGGGAUUAAGUGUCA